AAUAUGCCUGUUUGGUGUGUGUCCUAACGCUACAGCACUCUUUCCUUACCAGAGUACCUUUUGUCUUCUGUUCUUGUGAACUAAAUGUCCUGGUACAAUAGUCAGUAUAUGUGUUCUGUACUCACUAAUGCAAUUUGUUAGAUUUCAUCCUUUUUUCUGUACCAUUUUCUCUUACAAAAAGACUAACUGAAUGGUCACACUCAUCCAACUGUACGUGCAUAUGUACUGGUCCCCAAAUCUGUGCUUAUUUGUUUACUUUUUCUCCCGAAAAAUACUUGGCAUCGCUCUCCAGUUGUCAUGGUUACAACCACAUUUAUAAAAGUACUGUUUUAGUGUAAUUUUUGUGAUGUGAUGUCGUUUGUUGUGUUGCUAGGCGACAUGGGGCCAACGGAGCAAGAGAGGAGCAGCAGUGUGAGUGACGAGUACCUCAGGUGAUGAUGUCAUCCUGGAUCAUGUGAUCUGUCAUGUGAUGUCAGGUGAUCUGUCGCAGGUUUCUAAGUCAACCAGGGAACGUGGAGAAGAAAUUUCCAGUCGAUCGGAAGAAAUAGAGAGAUUGAUUAUUGCUGGUAGAAAUGACAAGGAGACGGCAGCCGAUUUCUUCCAGAGUGUCAUGGAUUCCUCCUCCACUCUCGUUCUCUGGCCCUCCAAACUCAAGAUCGGAGCCAAGUCCAAGAAAGAUCCCCAGGUGAAGGUUGUGGGUCUGCCACCCAAUGUCCAGAAGGCCAGAGAGCUCAUCCUGGCUGACCUGGACGCCAAGUCCGAGAGAAUCACUCUCAAGAUCGACGUCCCGUUCUCUGAACACUCGCACGUCAUUGGGAAGGAAGGAGCUAACAUCAAGAAAGUUCACGAGGAGACCAAGUGCCACAUCCACUUCCCGGACUCCAACCGUUCCCUCCACACGGACAAGAGCAACCAGGUGUCCAUUACCGGGCAGGAGAAGGGAGUGGAGCUGGCCAGGAAGAGGAUAAGGGAACUGUUGCCAGUGGUGGUGACCUUUACUCUCCCUCUCCCCGGACACAUUGACCCAAACUCAUCUGACAUACAACAAAUGAUGCUACAGUACAACGUGACCAUACACAUCAAGCCUCAACCGCGUCAUUUCUCCAUGCUACUGGUUGUCCGAGGAACGGUGCGAUUCCAAGACGGAAUGAAACUUGCCAUCAACAAACUCGUCGAGUAUUUUACCGGAGACUUCCGGAGUCUUCCGCAGGUGAUGUUGAACCAGGACCUGGCGGCGCAGCACCACCGGACCAUCAUAGGCAGUGGAGGAGGGAACAUUAGGAAGAUAAUGGAGGACUCUGGCACCACGAUCCAGUUCCCGGACCCCCAGUCCCGAUACCAGAGUAACCAGGUCACCAUCACUGGAUCAAUGGACGGAGUCUUCAGGGCAAGAGAACAGCUCCUGGGAUGUCUGCCAGUGGUACUAAUGUUUGAUGUUCAUGACACAGACGGCAGUGGUCUAGGCACAGACCGACAAACGGCUCUGGUGGGUGAGCUAAUGCAGCAGUGGGACGUGUACAUCUCCAUCAAGGCCAAGAAACAGCCGAUUCACUCUGUCAUUAUCAAGAGCAUCGAACAAAACAUGACCUGCGUCUACGAGGCUCGACGUCGAAUCCUCGAGUUUGUCAGUAACUCCGCCCGUGGGCUCCCCGACUCCGCCCAAAUGGGUGUGGUCAACGGGAAAGUCGUGGGCGAGUUGGAAAGCAGUUGCGAGUCUUCCCUGACGAGUUCGGUGUCGGAGGUUGCGCAACCCCCGGGAAACAGGACUGUCCAGAUUCCAAUGUCGUUCAGCGAAGACAGGAUAGCGAGUAAAGCCGGUUUUACCAGUUCUGGGUCCUACACUACGACAGGGGGAGGAGGGUGGGAGGAGGUGGGGGAGGGUGGGAGUGGCCUGUUGCCCCCGGAGAUAACUGUUGAUGAACCAGGAGGACUCCAUUCCCCGACACCAGAAGCAUCAGACGAGGCGUCAGUUGUCAGUCCGUCUCUCUCCCUCCAGCCGCCUCGCCUCACCACCCGGUGUUUCAUCGACUACGACAGGAAGAAAGAGGAGGCUGAGAAAGCCAAGACCAGUAAGAUAGAGACAACUGAGCCUCGUAAACCGACCCACUACUGGUCCGGCUACAACUUCUCAGAGUCCUGGGCCCCCGGAGAGGGGAAUAUCGCCAUCUUUGACAACGUCAUCCUCCGGUGGAGGACAGAUGAAGACUCCUCAGGGACUGAGCUCUCUGAACAAGAGUGGGUUCCAGGUUCUAAAGCGACAGGCGUCUAUUGA